UGUGCGCCCCUCAGUUACUGACGCUGCACGGGACUGGCAGAUCAAAAAUAACUCACCAUUUGGCUUCAAAGAAUGCCUGAAUUUAGUGAAAAUAGUAUAGGCAAAUUACUCAAUGUUCGCUUUUCAAAUGCUAUCAGAUCAAUUUGUUCAGAUACUGAUGACCAAGCAUUGGAGACAAUUCGAGUUAACCAGCAGUACAGUCUACCCAAGCAACUGCAACACUGUGCUCUUUUCAUCGAUUUGGCACAAAAAGAACAUACAGAAAUACCUUCUCCAGUCCUAGACCUGGAAGACCUUGAGGAGCUACAUCUGGAAAAGAACCACAUUGAAUUAAUUCCAAAGAAGAUUCAACACCUAAAAAAUCUGAAGGUUCUAUACCUCCAUGAAAAUAAAAUCCAACACAUUUGCAAAGAGCUUGGGGAACUAAACAAACUUCAGAUUCUAGAUCUUAGCAGCAAUCCACUUGCCUCCAGUUCUCUUAGUAUCAUAAGCAAAGUGCGUUAUCUUCAUGAGCUUAGACUAUAUAAUACAAACCUUUAUGAAUUCCCAUCUUCAGUAUGCAGUGGACUACAUCAUCUGAAGCUUCUUGGCCUCUCAGACAAUCACUUAAAAGCCCUUCCCCGAGAAAUAAUUAACUUAACGGAAUUGAAAGAAAUUUAUUUGAAGAAAAAUAAAUUUAAGGAUUUUCCAUUAGAGAUAUGUUGUCUCCUCAAUUUAGAAGUCAUUGAUUUAGAAGGAAAUGGACUGGAAUUGAUACCGACUGAAAUCGGGUCUUUAUCUAAACUUCAAAAGUUUUUUGUAGGUUUCAAUAAUCUGUCCUUUGUUCCAAGGUCCAUGUGCCAUUGCAGAAGGUUGUCUGUCUUUGACACCUCUCAAAACCAUAUUCAAAAGCUUCCUCAUCAACUCAGUGGUCUGAAACACCUGAGUGAACUUGGUCUUUCACAUAAUAACCUGCAGGAACUCACACCUGCCGUAUGCCAACAGCCUUCCCUUUGUGUCUUGUAUCUGAAGAACACAGGCUUGAAAAUCUUACCUCCUAUGUUUGGCAAACUGACAUUUAUCAAGAUAUUAGAUCUUAGCGAAAAUGACUUUACUGAUUUUCCUACUGUGAUAUGUUCUCUAGAACAACUGGAAAUAUUAUCAUUGGACGAUAAUAAAAUAUGUAUGGUACCCCAGGAGGUGAAGAUACUAACAAAACUAAAGUACUUGGGGAUGACUAGCAACAGAUUCACUCAUUUCCCAGAAGAAAUAUGCUGGAUAGAAUCUUUGGAAAGGUUGUAUAUUGGACAGGACAAGGGCAUUAGACUUCUGAGUGUUCCAGAAAAUAUCUGCAAGCUAAAGAAUUUGAAGGAGUUGUACGUUGAGAACAAUAACUUGGAAUUUCUUCCAAGAAACAUUGAUCUGUUGACAAAUCUCAUAAUACUAGAUUGUAGUAGCAACCUUCUCAAGGAGCUUCCCGAAGAAAUAUGUAAACUUCAAGGGUUACAGAAGUUGUUUCUUCACAACAAUAAGCUAACCAGUCUCCCAGUAAACAUGGACAAUUUACAGCAUCUUAAUCUCCUCUUGCUUGAUGUUAACCCUAUGGUAGAUCCUCCAGUUGAAGUGUGUACCUUGGGAAAAUCAGCUAUCUGGGAAUAUCUUCACAAAAAGAGACAUAGAAACGCAAUGGCAACAAAGAUCCAAGCAUGGUGGCGAGGACUAAUGGUCCAAAAAGGUCUUGGGGCCUUUGCUGGUCUAGUCAAGAAUGGAAAAAAGGGGAAGAAGUCAAAAAAAGAUGGCAAGAAAAAAGGAAAAGUUGCAUCAAAGAAGAAAUAG